AUGGCGAAGCCGCAACGCAUGAAGGUAAAAUUCGCCGACGAAAUGCCGAAUUCCAGCGAUUUGGUCUGUCCUGGUUGCCGGAAAAGAUUCGUGUCACCAUUAUUGCUUCCUUGUCUUCAUACGUUGUGUAAAAAGUGCAUUGAUGGUGAAAAGAUUUCGCCAAGAAAUGGAAGUUUACCAAGUUGUUUAGUGUGUUCAAAGGUGCUGGAUGUGCGCGGCGAGUUUCCUAUCAAUUUUGUCGUUAACAACCUGGUCAAUAAGGCAGCCGUACAAGAUCAUACUCCGCUGGAAUUUGUCUGUGAUAGCUGUGAAGCAGAAGGAGAAAGCGUUACGACACGAUGCAAUGAUUGUUUCCUAUUCCUGUGCGAAUUUUGUUCUACAGCACAUCGCAGAAUGAGUGCUACUAAAACGCAUACUUUACAGUCAGUAGAGGAGCUUAGGGGACAAAUUUUUAAAGGAAAUUAUGUCCAAAGACAAUCCUUCUGUUCUAUCCACGUGAAAGAGCGAUUACUUUAUUUCUGUCAAACUUGUUCACAAAUUGUUUGUCGAUUAUGCUCGCUCGCUGAACACGAGCAACAUGAAUGUCGCAGAAUCAUUGAUAUCACAAAAACGUUUAAAAUUAACAUGGUAAAUCUUGCCGAGCAGUUGAAAGGAAAGCAGAAACACAUCACUGAGCAAAUAUCUCUUAUUCAAGAAGAUAUUUUGACAGUUGAAAACAAGAAGAAGCAGAUUCGACUUAGUAUUGAGGAGUAUUUUCAGAAACUGAUCGAAGCGAUGAAAGAUCGCAUGUGUGAACUUGUAAAUGAGGUCGAAGCUCAUUGUAGCACCAAGUUAGAGGCUUUGUUUUCAAAACAAAAGAUACUACAACAGACUGUGACACAUGCAAACAGCUGUUGUAUGUUCACCGAUUCCGCCGUAAAACAAGGCACUGAUGUAGAAAUAUUAAGCAUCGGCCAGAUUGUUACUCAGCGUUUAACCUCUCUUGUAGACGAAGUUGAACGGAAGUCUACUACAUAUCAUCCUGGAAAUGAAAUGCGCGCCUCGCUUGAAUUUGUGGCAGAGAGCGAGAAAAUUACUAAUGAUAUAAACCAUUUAGGUCACGUAAAAAUGCAGUCCUCGAGUACGCCUUGCGAGCCUGCAUUAUGCAUUUUGUCUCCCGCCAAAGAGACCCAACAAGUGAUCACUGGGGAAGUCAAUCGGAUGUCUUUGACUUCUGUCAAUCAACAAGGAAAAAGACAGCAACGUGGAGGGGAUAAAGUGAAGCUGUCAUUCUCAUUGGCUCGUUCAAGGGUGACGCCAGACAACGCCGGGUUUAAAUAUGGUUGCCAGGACAACAAAGAUGGGACGUACUCCUUAGCUUACGUCAUCAACAAACCAGACACCUACUGGCUGCAUGUUAGUAUAAAUGGGAGUCCUGUGGCGGACAGUCCUGUCACAGUGACAGUGAGACCAAGAGACUGGAUUGGCAGUCAGCUUAUUUUAAAGAGCGAAGACUGUGGAGGAUUUUCUCACCCGUACAGUGUGAUCGCUGACUCCCACGACCAUCUUUUGGUAGCAGAUUCUCAUAAUCACAGAGUUAAAAUUCUUUCUUUGAAUGGAGAGGUGCUCAAAUCAUUUGGAUCUCAGGGAAUGAUCGAAGGGCAAUUUAACUUCCCGUACUGCUUGGCGCUAAAUCGGCGAGGAAACCUAAUCAUUGUUUCUGAUAGUCAAAACCAUCGUGUGCAGAUUGUCACACCAUCGGGUAGACUCGUGAAAUGCUUCGGAGGGUUCGGCGAUGAAAUCGGAAAGUUUAAAAAUCCGCUUGGUGUCGCUAUUGACUCGGAUGACGUCAUCUACGUGGCCGACUCCGGUAACAGCAGGAUUCAAAUAUUUUCCCGUGAGGGAAUCCCUAGGGGGAUGAUUGUGUCUAAGGAAAUGUCAUGCCCGUGGGGGUUGGCCGUAAGCAAAGACAGUCAUAUUGUAGUGACAGACUAUAAUAAUCACCGGGUGUGUGUAUUUAACAAGGACGGUUCAGUCGCCCUCCAGUUUGGCUCUCGGGGGAAUGCCGACGGGUUACUGAACAAUCCGGCGGGUAUUACCGUAGAUGACCAGGGGCAAUAUGUCGUUGCGGAUCGAAGUAACCACCGGGUGCAGAUGUUUCAUCCAAAUGGAACUUUUGCCACUAAAUUUGGUGGAAAAGGUCAGGGGGAUGGAUUAAUGAUGUUCCCUGCAGGAGUUGCUGUGGACAAAAAAGGUCAUCUUUAUGUCGCGGACACGUUCAAUGAUCGCAUCCAGGUGUUCUCAUUGGCAGCAGUAUAA